AUGGAGUUUCUUCCCCCCAUCAAUGCACGGGUAGAGACGGCGCGUCUCCUAUGUGGGUCUGUCAUGCGUCUCUGUUUGUAUUCGGCGGCGUACUAUGUGGGCUGCGGGGUCUUUUCAAAGUAUGUGCUUCGCAGAGAAGGCUCCCUCGCGAUGUGGGAGCGGGAGCCACUGCCGUACGUGGCGUCGCUGGGGAUGGAAAUAGGCGCCUCUGUGAUUGUCUGCCCCGUGCGCUACCUUGCCGCCGUGACGACACCACGCUUCAUUUUGGACUACACCAUGACAGGGUGGUCCGACACGCUCUCUCUGCUGGACAGGUUUUCACCCGGCAACUUCGCCACGUACGCCAUGUACGCUUUUUCAUCGGACUCGGACUGGAACAUGGACUUCUUUGCGUGGCAGGUGCCGUCUGUCACCCUCACACUCGUGAAGUUGUACUGCCGGAGAAGAAAACUUGGGAGUGAACGUUGCCGCACGAAACGCGUUCUGGCGAUGAUUCCGUUUCAGAUGCUGCUGCGGGCGUACAUCGCCGGGUUCUCCGUGAUGAUCCCCGAGAGCUCUGCCGAGGCGAUCUCGGCAGUUGUGGUCGCGGUGGUGGAAUCCAUGGUCACCUCCUACCUGGCACGGCAGACUUGGCCGUUUGCCGACCUGACAGACUCGCCCCAAACGGGCUCCUCGAGGAGUUCUGACAACUGCGACACGUGUAGCGACGAUGCCCAUCAGAAGAAAACCGGGGGCUCUUGA